GCUCAGCUUUGUAGCAAUGUUUUUGGGGCAUUGACGGGGUUAAUCCAGCCACCUUUAGCUGCUGGGCUAGGUGGGGGCCAGAAAUAUUAUUGCAAUAAUGGGGUACAGAUAGCUCCCCCCCCAGCAACAGCAGACAACGCUUGGCAAUGCGAUGAUGGUGGACCCAGAGCCAGAUCGACCUAUCGGUUAUGGUGCUUUUGGUGUGGUAUGGUCUGUGACAGAUCCUCGGGAUGGGUCGCGAGUUGCACUCAAAAAGAUGCCCAAUGUUUUCCAGAACUUGGUCUCUUGCAAACGGGUCUUCAGAGAACUGAGAAUGCUCUGUUACUUCAAGCAUGACAAUGUCCUCUCAGCACUGGAUAUCCUCCAACCUCCACAGAUAGACUGUUUUGAGGAAAUUUACGUUAUCACUGAAUUGAUGCAAAGUGACCUUCACAAAGUCAUAGUUUCUCCACAACCGCUCAGUUCCGAUCAUAUCAAGGUCUUUUUGUAUCAGAUCCUCAGGGGGCUAAAAUAUUUGCACUCUGCUGGUGUCCUUCAUCGGGACAUCAAGCCUGGGAAUCUGCUGGUCAAUAGCAACUGUGUCCUCAAGAUCUGCGAUUUUGGUUUGGCCCGGGUAGAGGAGCCAGAUGAGUCCCAGCACAUGACUCAAGAGGUGGUUACUCAAUAUUACCGGGCCCCCGAAAUCCUGAUGGGCAGCAGGCAUUAUGGACGUCCAAUUGAUAUUUGGUCCGUGGGCUGCAUUUUCGCCGAACUCCUUGGCAGGCGCAUCCUCUUUCAGUCCCAGAGCCCAAUUCAGCAGUUGGACCUGAUUACGGAUCUCCUGGGGACUCCUCCUGUGGCUGCCCUCCGUUCAGCCUGCGAGGGGGCCCGAGCCCACAUCCUACGUGGCAGUCACAAGCCGCCAUCGUUGUCUGUCCUUUACAUGCUCUCUGGAGAAGCAACCCACGAAGCUGUGCAUUUGCUCUGCCGGAUGUUGGUCUUUGAUCCAGCCAAGCGGAUCUCUGCCAAGGAUGCCCUUUCUCAUCCUUACUUAGAUGAGGGGCGACUGAGAUACCACACCUGUAUGUGCACUUGCUGCUUUUCGGUCUCCUCCGGACGCAUUUAUACCAGUGACUUUGAACCCCGGGCUGACCCCAAAUUUGACGGCUCUUACGAAAAGAACCUCGCUUCUGUCUGGCAAGUCAAAGAACUGGUGCACAGAUUUAUCUUGGAACAGCAGCAUGGGAAACGGGUCCCCCUCUGUAUCAACCCCCAGUCAGCUGCCUUCAAAACUUUCAUCCGCUCCACAGCAUGGCAUUCUUCCAAGAUGUCCAAAAAGGAAGAGAGAUGAAGCUGCUCCUUGGAUGGCCAUGAUGGAAAAAGAAAAGAAAGACAGAAGAAGAGGGACGGAAGACACAAGAGGUUGGCAUUGCUGCUGGCAGCGGAGAGAUGAAAAGGAGACCGAGGCGCUGCUCUUUAUCCUGCACUCUUGAAUAUUUUGACUCAUGGACAGAUGCAUUUGGGAAAGGGGGGGGAGGAGAAAUGUCUGGGUCAUUAUUAUAUUACUGAUAUACUUAUAUUACUGAUAAUAUAAGUGGACAAGUUGGGGAAGGGAUUUUUUUUUUUUUAACUGAUGGAUGUCUUUUCCUUUCCUCCGUUCCUGUACUGCACUGGAAAACUCUGGGUUGUAGGCACUGUCUUUGUGAAUUCUUUCCCUUCUUCCCCCAGGUCUGCACCAAUAUUUUCCCUUCCUUAUACAUAUGGGCUCUUAUCUGGCUUCCUCCGAAAAGGGGUGACUAGGUUGGAAUAGAGAAGUGUUCUUGAAAUGAGGGGUGUCUGUUCUUUCUGUUUCAAAGAAUCUCCGCCUACACAAAGACUCUGACUCGUGUUUUUCAGCAUUGUCCCCUUUAAGAUGUCUGGAUUUCAAAUCCCAGAAUUCCCCAGCCAGCAUGGCUAGCUAAGGAAUUCUGGGAGUUGAAGCCUGGACAUUUUAAAGUGGACAAGGUUAAGAAACACUGCCUUAGACUAAGGAUAGAUGUGUUCCCCCCACCCACCCCCAAAUCCCCUUACCCUUAAAAGAUUUCCCAAACAGGGAUAGGUGGGAGAAAUAAAUAAGGCUCAAUUUUCCGAAUCUACCACAAGGUCCAGACAUUUCUUGCAACUAGGGAUUGCGUUUUGAGUCCUUGUCUUCGGUCUCCUCCAGGAGCUUCUGGGAAACUAUGUGGCUUCCUUAAACCUGUCUUAUACAGCUGGGGGGAAAAAAACACAUUUAUUUUGGGGUAAGAUGCUAAAUACUUCUUUGGUGUGUAUAUUUGGCCUACCUGCUUUCCAGGUUUCCCUUGUUCCCAGCAUGGACAUCUCCUAAGCGGCUGGAGGCCCUGAUGCAUUUCUGCUGUAUUUUCAGAAAGUGCUUCUUUUCUUUAAAAAUAUGUGGUGUUUUCUGAAAAAUUGAGGUUUUGGCCUUGAUGCUGGAUGUGGAAUGCCUAUUAAGUUCUCCCCAGGCCCCUCCACUUUUCCUGCCUGCAGCCAGCUCAACCUCCUUCCUUGAUUAAAUGUAUUCCUCCAUUAAUUUCACCCCCCCCCCUCCUUCAAAAAUCUACCUCUUUUCUCCUAGUGGAUUUCAUGUGUGCAUGUGUUUGGGACACUUGUGUUAUUAAUUUUGUAUUUUUAUUUUGUUGGUGGGUUGAUGAUUUCUUUACUUGGCUGGUGUUUCAUCUCUUUUUGUCAAUGAUCUGUUAUUAAUUUAUGAUCAGAGCAGUUUAUAUACUAGUUUAAAUCCCGAAUGUGUGCAUAUAUUUCUUCCUUGUGUCUGGAAAAAAACAAAAUGCAUGAGGGGGGGAAAAACACACCAAUAACAUAGAACCAAUAACCUGGAAACUUGAACUGUCUUUGGCUGUAAUAAUCCCCCCCCCUUAAUUUAAUUGUGCACCAUAGUAGUUGAAUUAAAUUUAUGCUGUAUAUUUUU